AUGGCCGACGCGGGGCAGGAUAUCAAGAUCGAUGCUCCUGAUGUCACAGGCAGCAGGGGUCCCAACGAUCUAGUAGUAUGGCUAGAGGGGCAGCCUGAUAAUUCCAAAACUGAGGCCGCCGACGCAAUUUUCAACCAGCUCAUCUCACGAGAGACUCUGUCAAAGCUCUCAAGUAGUAAGGUCCGCGUGAAACUUUGUGGAUUCAUCGAGCAAUGCCUCAAAUCGAAAACUCCUGGAGUCCGUGAUUGGGCCCUUUCCAAAGAUCUCUACCUCAAAUUGUUUGAUCUGUAUCUCGAAUGGAAUGAAUCAGAUGCUGAGCGGUCGUUGAGACUCGUACUAGAUCUCCUAGUCGAUCUAAUGAUCCAAGGGAAAGCGAGGGCUGAUCUAGGCCCCGUAAAACUAACAGUAUUAGACACGCUUGUCUCCGUCAUGGCCAAGCAAUCCACUAAGCCCCUGGCGAAGUCUGCCAUCAUGGUUCUCGACCGCUUCCUCACCAAGUCCGUUGUGUCACUGAAAGAAGUUGGAACUACGUACAAGACUUGGAAGGAAUCUGAGCUUAAAGUCACGGACAUUGAGCUCUGGAAGAACUACCUCGCCGAAAUGUUUAACUGGAUGGAAAUCCAGUUUGUAUGCCCUGUGGCUGGCAAAUUUGUCGCCACGGUAUAUAGAAUGCUUUCCAUAGAGUCCAAGCAGGGAUUCCUUCAAGCCUCUCAAGUACCAUUCACCGUCGAGAUAUGGCAUGAGUGGCUGCUGGAGUUCUUGACUGCUGAGCCCUCGCUGCUAGACGGCAUCAAGAAUUACAUCUUCGUGCCCCUGUUCAAGUCGGAGAAGCAGGAGUCGAUAGAACUUCUACAGAGAAUGAAUCGAUUGGAUAAGGCCAUUACAACUCCAGACUUGUACUUGGAUAUCCCCGCGAUGCUUCAGCUAGCCUCGCUCGAGGUCGGCAAGAGAGUAGGCUUAGUUGAAGAACCAGUAUAUGGCGGCCAAGUACAAAACAAGGACCAUUCCGGCCCCGUCGUGCUUCAGGAGGACCUCCUCGAACACGUUCUCGUUCACCCUUCAUUUAGUAUCCGCACGCAUGCACUGUCUCUAAUAAUAUCAUCGUCGUCGACGACACGCCCCUACUCCCCCACGGCCUUGGUUCUACUGCAAAAGCAUCUUGGCAUGUACUUCGCGGACUCCGAGGCGCGCUUCCGGAAUGAACUUCUUGGAAAGCUUAGGGAUAUGUACAAGAGAGUUCGCGGCGGUAUCUUUGUGCUCCAGCGAAGCCUCGUGCGUGCAAGAGCGGCGACACACCAGAAACACACGGGAGUCUCGACCGAGUCCCGAAAGCCAGCGCUGUAUCAUACUAAUGUUAUUUCCCACCCCGAACCCGAGCUGGCUACGGCAUUGAAACUCCACGAAGACUUCCUUCACUGGUAUCUUCGCUUCCUGAGGGCCGAGCUAGUCCCUACUGCCUCCUACCAGCGACAUGUAACAUCACUAAAGACCGUGGCAAAGAUAAUACAGCUCGAAGCGGCCCCCGCGAAGACGUGGGAAACCAAGGACGAUAAGGAACUUUUCUUUGAUCUCUUUGAUGCAACGUGGUCUCGUGCGCUUCUCGACUUGCUCAUGGACCCGUUUGAUGACGUUCGGGACACCGCUGCUUCUGUGCUGAGGCUUCUCUUCAAUGAUGGCCACUAUAGUGCCCUCCUUUCUCCAGGAACCUCACCUUCAGAUGCUCUGUCCCGCUUCCUAACUAGAGCCAAUGAGCUUGCUAACCAAACUGGGAGAGCUGACCAUGCCAACGGCGUUGCUCGGGCUUAUGAGCUACUCCACAGGUUCUCUGCGGACCAGCAGGCGAAAUCUACGCUUUUGUCGGAUCUCAUUGCGGCCUUGGAUAAGAGAAUCGCUUCGGCCGAGCAUAACCUGGGUCUCGCUGUGCUUGAUGCACCUACACACGGUCUUUUUGCGGCGCUGAGCUAUAUCGUCAUCUCUAUCAACGAACAAAAAUAUGAGCCUAAGACUUUGGCUGAGUUAGACCGAAUUUACUUUUCCAUGUUGGAAUGCUGUCGGCGGAUAUGGAACGUUGUGAGAGACGUGCUUUGCGAUGACUCUCCCGAAGGCCAUCUGCCGGAUGACUUGGAUGAGAUGGAGGGCUUGGAUACGAAGAAUCUUUUGAGUUACAGCUUCCGAGCGGUUGAUGAAUCUAGCAAAGUCAUGAAGGCGAUAAUCCAGGGUGCUAAGAAUUACGGGGGAAUGGAUCACCAGUGCCCCUCAAUGAAGGUGUUUUCGGCCUUUGGAAACCUCUCGCUCGAGCAACUGUCCACCCUAAGGCACCGUGGUGCCUUGACGACAGUAUCCCAGACAUUUGCGAUAUGCUGCCAGAUGUCAAGAUUUUACCAAGAAGAACAGACGUCACUGCCUCUUCUUGAGCAGUGGUACAAAGCGACUUUGAACUGCAUAUCUACACAGCGUUCGACAACGAGGAGGUCUGCUGGUAUUCCGUCUAUGAUGAUUGGGAUCCUGUCUGCCAACUACCGGAUCUCGUUUGACGGGGCUAUGGAGGAGCUCAUGAAGAUCGGGGCCACACCAGCUGCCGUAUCAGAGGCCGAUGGAUCAAACCUGCCCCAGGUUCACGCCCUAAACUCUCUUACUGGUAUUUUCAAGACAUCAUACCUCUCCCACUUCGAAAGGAAAUUAGAACGGUACCUACCGCUCUGUCUCCAGCUAGCGGCCGACUGCCUACGAUCGCAAAUCUGGGCCAUUCGGAACUGUGGCCUGCUCCUCCUGAGAGGUUUGAUGGACAAUCUCUUCGGCACCAGCGAGAGCAAAACAAUGAUGGAGGCGGGGUGGGACGGCAAGGCAAACCGUCUACACUACGGAAGGUACCCCAGCCUCGCGCCAGUGCUUCUGAGUCUUCUCAAGAGCGGCCGCGACAUGGUAUAUGAGAUAUCCACUACGGCGGCGGCUGAGGCGGUCUUCCCGGCCCUUGAUAUUGUUCGGCGAGCAGGUCCGCCUGCUUCUCUGCGGGAUGAGUUGCAGCAAUAUAUUGUCGACUACCUGGGAAGUCCCGCGUGGCAUGUCCGUGAGAUCGCUGCUAGGACCCUCUGCUCAUGUCUUCUCCACGAUAGGUGGCUGGAGUCGUUGAGGUCAAUCUUGGUACCGCGAGAUUCCGAUGAGAAUUCCGCGAGGGCGAAGAACCGUACCCAUGGCGCCCUGUUGACGGCUAAGUUUUUGGUAGAGCGCCUGGCGGAGGUUAUGCCGGCCCAAUUAACAGUGGAUUACGACGGCCUGGCAGCGUUGUUGGUGGAGAUACAGGACAAUUCACCGCGAGAUUUGAGGAGGCUUCCCGACCUGCAGGCCACUUACCUUGAAGUCUGCAAUCAAGCCUCAAAAUACGGACUCCGUCUUGUGCGCAAUGGCAAGAAAGAAGUGGCAGAGUCUCUGCACAAGACCAUAACCCUAUCUCUUGUCAAGUCGGGGGAUAUGGCAGAGGGUGAAAACCAUGGGGCACUCUUCCGCAUCCAGCGCGCGGUCCAGAGCGUCUACUCGCUUAUCGACCCCGCAAACGUCGACCCUUUCCUACGAAACGCCCGCGAGAUGGUUGACAGGGACGUGAGCUCGCUAGCUGCCACGCUCGAGACUCUGCCCAAGGUGUGGCCUGUAGAACACCUCUCCGGGUCGACUAUUUCGCAGCUAUUUGCCCUCUACCUAGAUAUAUGUAUGGCUGCGCGAGUACAGGACGUGCUUGCCAUAGCGCUGCAGAAUUUCACGGAUCUAAUGGCGGAUACGGGAGAUAUGCCGGAAGUGCAGCCGAGCAAGGACUCACUGUUGGGGUUGUGGUCACGCCUCCAGCGAGUUUCGAUGAACCCAAGCCUCUCGGACGAGAUUAUUCGGACUAGCGGCGUGAUCCUCGGUCGCCUGCUAUCCCUCCGGGAUGAAAGUGGAUGGGACCAGGGGGGUGCUUUGCGGAACUUUGGGCUCCUGGUCGCCGAAUCGAGCACCGAUGACAAGCCCUUCGACACACGAUACGCCGCAGCCGAAGCGCUCAAGUUCGCCCUCGCAAAUAGUAGUGGCACCAACCCCUCCCCAGAUCCAAACAACGCCUCCUGCCUCCCCUACUACCAAGCCCUCUACAACCUCCUCAACGACGACGACUCCGAAAUCCGCGACCUCGGCGCCUCAGCCCUAACCUCAACCACCACCGCCCCCAUCAUCCCCAUGCAGGCGGCCGCCAACCUCCUCUCCACCUGGAGCCACGGUUCCGACCUCAGCCCAGAGCUCUCAGCCGCCGCCGCCUGCCGGAUGGUCGGGCACGACUUCCCCGUCGACGCGCCGCUCUCCGCCCUCGGGGCCUUAGGUUCCGGGUCGGAGCAACUACAGGAAGCACUCAAGUUCGACGCCUCGCUGUUCCUUGUCGAGGAGCAGAAUCUCUUCGUCGACGAAGUGCGCGAGACGAAACGCUGGAAAGAAGUCUUUGUGAGUACUCUGAAAGACGAGAAGAAGCGCGAGGAUCCGGCGCUCGAUGCCCUAGCCGCUUGGACGCGUCCCGGGCUGAAGAUGCUCCUGGACAUGGCGGAGGAGAAAGGGGAUGGAGCCUUGGGGUGGACGUCUAGGCCGGCUGUUUUUGCGGUUUGCGCGAGGAUCGUGGUUUCUGCCGUUGCGCUUGUUGAAGUUGGUGGGUUUGAGGAUGUGCAGAGGGAUUUGGAGAGGUUGAAGGCGGUGGGGGAGCGGGUUGGGCUUUCGGGGUUGUUGCUUGAGAUGGCGGGGGUGUGA